GACGUCACCAAUUUAUGAGUAAAACGUUUUACACUAUACACAUCUAACGAAAAUCAUUUUUGUGAGAAUUUUGCUGCAUUUUCACAAAUUCUGAGAAUGGUGCAGCCGGUGAAGCGAAGGCAGGCCAAUGUUCGGCGCGUUCAGCAGCUGCUGGAGGGAAUCGCCUACAUACGCUCACAGAAACAACUUACAAAUCUUGAUCGACUCUCUAGGUACAUGGAGAGGGAGUAUGAAGUGUCUAGCACAGAGACAGAGCGACAGUUGCACAAUGCGGUGUUGGACAAUCUCAUCCUCUCAUACACGGGUGUCGGAUUCAAGGGGUCCAAGACAGGAAUAGAGUAUGAGGGCUUCAGGGCUCCUGAGCCAGGGGAAAUAGAACCGGAUGACGAUGGCCAUGACUGGUACUGUUUUGAGUGCCACGGUCCAGGGGAGAUGUUCGCAUGUGCCGACUGUUGGCGAGUGUUCCAUGCUGACUGUCAAGAUGAAGACACCAAUGAUAUUGCCUACAUUUGUGCUGUGUGCAAGUCAGCAAGGAAGAAGAAGAAAACAAAGAGAAAACUUCUGAACACACUUCUCAGCUACACCAUUGUAAGACUGAAGGAAAAGACGCGAGAGCUACAUCGUAUUGGUCAUCGGGAAGAGGAGAAGAAAUACCUGCCUUUGUUUGUGUACAAGUCUAUGGACCUUAACAAGAUGGAACAAAAAGUAAUGGCCCACAAGUACAAGUGUAUAGAAGAGUUUCUAGCUGAUGCCCACAACGUACUACACAGCAUGGUUCUUAUAUAUGGAGAUGAGGUUGCAGGUGGCAUGACAGAGCUGGCCAAGAUCAUGAUCAGGGACUGCAAGUAUGAUAUAGAUGAGAUGGCCCAAUGUCAGAACUGCUACUACAUGUCGAAUGCUAAACCCAGGCACUGGUUUGCCCAACCUUGUGACCCCCCACAUGAGCUGGUUUAUGCCAAGUUGAAGGGCUACAGCUACUGGCCGGCUAAGGUUAUACACUAUAUCAACGAGGAACGCUAUGACGUCAGGUUCUUCGGUAACCCCCAUCAGCGAGCCGUCAUUCCAAAAGAUCAGAUUAAACCCAUAGAUGCAGAUCUCAAAAAGGUUACAUUCAAGAAAACAACAGGUUUCAACAAGUCAAUGGAGGAACUGAAGAUUCACCAGAAGCUGCUUCAGGAGCAGGAGCAGCGGGCUGAGGAGGAGGAUAACGAGGAUGAGGAGGAAGAAGAGGAGCAGCACACAACAGUUUCCUCCACCUCCAUCUCAACCAGCAAGGCUGCCAAGAGGAAACGGGUAUCAGUCCCAGAUGACGUAGUGACGUCCACUGAGGAGUACCAGCCAAGUAAGUCAAUGGCUGCGAGCACAGACGAUUUCGCCUUUAAUGGAGAAGAAGUUGAAGCAAAGAAAGAGCCACACAAACCGCCCAAGAAACGGUCACGCCUAUCCACCAACAACACUGCAUCACAGACAAGCAAGAAGGCAACAACCACAGUAUCAUCAACACAAACAGAGGAGCAGACAAUAGACACAGCUACGCCAUCACCCAGCCUGGAGUCAUCGCCAUCGUUGUCACAGAGUGUCACUGAUACUCCCAGUAAAACUGACGAGGUCAAGUCUGACGAGCCCCCUGUGUUAGAGAAUGAGGAAGAAAAGACGUGUAACUGUGCCAGCAAACAUAGUCGUCUGAUGGUCGAGCAGAAAGAGAGAAUGGAGAAACACUUCCGCGAGGAGAAGGCCAGAGGAUUAGAGGAGCUCUCGGAAAGGCUUCGUAAGGAUUUUGAGGAAGACAAACAGCAGGCUGUGUCGCGUGCAAUGAGUAAACUGCAGGCGGAACUAGACAAGGUUCGCCGACAGACAGAGGAGAAAUGUAAGGAGCAGUACAAAGAUGAGAUGAAGAAACUGGCACAGAAACACAAAGAAACAAUCUCUGCGACCAAGAAAAAACAAUGGUGUUUCAAUUGUGAGGAGGAAGCCAUGUACCACUGUUGUUGGAACACGUCGUACUGUAGUGUGAAAUGUCAGCAGGAACACUGGCACAAGGAACACAAGAGGGUCUGUCGCAGGAAGAGAUAAACUCACCCCACACUGGGAACUGUGAGAUAAACACUACCACGCAGGGUGAAUGUGUACAAGGAUUUUCACACUUUACUUUCACUCCUGUGAACGAGUGAACUAUUGUGACUGGAUGUGUCAUAAAUUUGUGUAAUAUUUCCACAGUAACUUUUGCUCAAAGAGCAAACAUGGGUCACUCGCAGAAAGUGAUGAAUUAACCAUGCUGUGGAAAUGUGUACAAGGAUUUUAACACAGGGUGAAUGUGUACAAGAAUUUUCACACUUUACUUUCACUCCUGUGAAAUGUGUACCAUUGUGGCUGGAACAUGUCAUAUUUUGGCAGUAUAACCCAAAAAAUAUUAAUAAGAAUUGUGACAUUGGUGAAAUAUCUUUCAGCAUGUCUCUUCCUGUGAAUCAUAAAACACUUCAGUUGGAAUGCAUCAUACCACAGAGUGAAUUGUCGUCAGGGUCACUGGCAUAUAGAGCGCAUUUAUGUGUUAACAGGAUAAGAUACUAUGGGGAAAUGUGUACAGGGGAAUAUCAGACUUGUGAAACUGUAUGAAACCUUCAAUAGUGAAAUAUUAAGAAGUCAAAAAUUUCACAUUGUUAAUCAGGUUUUGGACUUUCAUGUGAAAGAACACAAAUUUCAUGCUCAAGUCUGGUUAAACAUGUCUGAGAAUGUUAAAUUCUAAAUUUUAUACAAAAUGUUUAAAAAUAUUACAAUAGUUGUUAAGAAUAUAUAGAGGAUAUCCAGUUUUGGAAUAUGUACAUUUUGUGAACUGUUUGUGUUUUCCAAUUUUAGAAUUACCAUAGGGCAGUCUUGUUUCACUUUCAUAGCUAAAAGUAAAGUAAGCUUUUAGGCAUAUUGAUCUAGACUUCGAUUUUGAUAAUUGUAUCAACAAUUUUUGAAAUGCUUAACAUAUAUAAAGAGCAGAAAAUGAUUGUUACUAAAAGACAGUUUGAAUUAUAAAUGUUUAAGAUUGUUAGUAGGUAACCAUCUGUAUUGCUGACUUGAAAAUACACCAUAUAUGUCACCAUGAACUUUAAUUUUUUUUCAUAAACACCAAGUCAAUUUAACACUCAGUUUCUUAAACAUAUCUGAUCUCUUAAUACAUUUCAAUCAUGUGAUUGAGCCAUGAAUACAUCAACACAUAGCCAUGAAUACAUCAACACAUAGCCAUAAAUACAUCAACAAAUAGCCAUCAACACAUAGCCAUGAAUACAUCAACACAUAGCCUAGUCAUGAAUACAUCAACACAUAGCCAUCAACACAUAACCAUCAACACAUAGCCAUCAGCACAUACAUGUACACAUCAACACAUAGCCAUGAAUACAUCAACACAUAGCCAUGAAUACAUCAACACAUAGCCAUGAAUACAUCAACACAUUUCCAUCUACACAUCAACACAUUACCGGCUACACAUCUUCACAUAGCAUAGCACAUAACUGCUCUGAUUACACAUAUAUAGUUGAAUUAGAACCAAUAUACAUUCAGGUUAAGAUGCAUUGAAAAAUUACAUGUUGGUGUAUAAUGAAAUCAUAACAUGUUAAGCCAUGAAGUGCAUAUUCAGGUUAAAUAGAUACUGAUGACUACAGUACAUCGAGACCAUUAGCAACAACAACGCCAUUGUUUGAUAUACCACCACCCCAUUUGGUCACAGUUGUCAUCAUUAAAUUAACAAUAUGAUUGACAAUGUAAUUAUAUCCAUCGUACCAUUUUGUGAAACAAGUUUAUCACUAAAAAAAUAGAAGCUUUUCUUGCCAUCCACGGCAAUACUGGAACAUUAUUCUAUCCCCCAUACUUAAGUGUUCUAUGAUGAAGCAGUCAGGGGAAUACAACAAUUUCUUUUUAGCAUGAAAAUAAAAAUAUUGACCCAGGGGCCAGUUUCAUUUAUGACCUGAGGCGUUAUUUGGUGUCAUGAGUUUUGUUAUUUUCCUAUAUAAUUGUAUCAAUCAAACUUAAGCCAGUAUUUAAGUUGAAAACAAAACUCAUAUUACGAAAAAAAUAACCUGUAACCAUCUGUGAUCAUCCUACAGAUUUAAGAUGUAAGUUUCAACUAAGAUCCUCUAAUGGAAGAGGCCCCAGUAUCUGUGCUCGUUACUGUUUUGUAUCCUAUGGUUUGUCUAGAUAGACACUAUACUUGUUUUGCAAGUUGUUAAGAUUGCAUGAUGAUAUACAUAUUUUUAUCUUAAAGCUUCACUCUCACAGAUUUACAGUUUUUUUAAACUUUUUUUUAUUAUUUGUCUUGGAAUGAGCCAAGUUUUGCGAACUAUCUAACAACCAGUGAUAUAAGACUGCUAACAAAAGAUCAGAUCACAGAUUUUCAUAUUUUCAUUCAAAAACUAAUGUUUUGUGGCUAAAAGCCUUACCAACGCUUCAAGAAACUGCAUAAAACUUCAAUUUUUGAACAGAAAUAUGAAAAGCUGCAAUCUGACUUUUUUGUCACCAGUCUUAUAUCACUGUAUUUCAUGCAUUUUCGCAAAAAACUGGCUCGUUCCGAGACAUAAAAAUAAAAAAUGGUAAAAAUGUUCAAUCUGUGAGAGUGCAGCUCUAACUGAUUUAUUAAUAUGGAUAACUCCAUAGUUAUCUUUGUAUAUUUGUUAUAUUCUAAAUUUUACUAUUUUGCGAUUUAUAUAGUUGUUUAUUGUGAAAUGGUAUAUAUUUUGUAAAGUAUCUUUAUAACAUUUUAAAUGUUUGUAUAUAAUGAUAUCUUAUGAAACCAUGGUAUAUUUUCCAAAAAUACUGUCUCGUGAAAAGAAAUCAUUCAUCGAAACUGAAUAUUUGCAUGAAUCUGCUUUAAAUACGAGCAAUUUCUUAACAAUGAAUUUAUGGAUUCAAGUUCUAAGAAUUCCUUAAAACAUCAUGUCAGGUAAAUUUUUACAAAUAUGUUCUAUACAGUCCAACCCUGUUGGCACGAACUCCCAGGGACCGGUUGACUUACCUUGAGCCUCAGGGAAUUCAAGCCAAGUGGGAAUGCUUACCUUCAGUAUAAAGAAAUCGGUUCUUUACAUCCAGUUCAUUGAGCAAGUGAGUUUGAGCCAGCUGGGUUCAACUGUUCAUUAAUAUUUAAAUAAAAAUCUAUUUGUUGUAUAAGAAUAAGAAACUUCAGCUUAAACAUACAGAUACAUAUAUGUAUGAUUACAUACAAUUAAUACAAAUUAGUUGAUGCAAAAACUUAGUGCUCUAGUAUAUGCAGCCUUUUAAUGAUUUUCAUUAUAUUUUUCCAGUGGUUUUUAGAAAUUUAUCAGCGAGAUAUAAUCUUUUCGCUAUUUCAAAUUAGUUUGUAAAUUUGUUCCAUUUUGCUCUGAAAAUCAAACAUAAACCCAAACACAGCUGGGAAAAAAUCAAUGAUGUCAGUUCUAAAAUGACAUGACUGUAUCAACAGUUUUGACAUGCUUUACAGGUUUUAUGCCAUUUAUUGUAAAUUAAAUGAUUUUUAAGUGUAUAUAAAAAUAGAAAAACUGUUUGUUUUAGUCAGAUAUCGAUAAUAUUUCUAGUAAACACCAAAAGUUAAUAUUUUCACUCAUGGCUGCACCACUUGGGAAAAAUGUUUUCAGUGCUCAUUUGAUGAAAUGUAAUCGAUAUCUCACUUAAUCAAAUAUUGAUCCUCUAUUCAUAAACAUUUGAGCAUCAGCAGUUGUCAUUGAAGUGCUAAUGUGUUCAUAUACACUAGUCAGGGGUAUCAGGUUGUCAUUGUUAACUCACGGGAAGGUACAAAACGCUAAAUGUAUGAUUUAAAAUACAUGUUCCAAGUUUAUCUAACAGCCAACUCAUAUAUAUCUGUUGAAGUUGAUUUUAAUAGUCAAUUUACAAACUCUUUGUUUUUAGUAGUGGAUUGACUGACUGACUACAUAAUACACUACCAUUACAAUUAAUUUUACUUGUGCAUUAAGGGUACCAUGUACAAAACACUAAAAGUUUACUACCAGUCUAUACACUAUAUUGUACCAGUCUACACACUAAAUUGUACAAAUCCACCCACUAAAUUGUACCAGUAUACACUCUUAGUUGUACCAGUCUACACACUUAAUUGUUCUCUUAGAUGUACCUGUCUACAUCCUUAAUUGUACCAGUCUACGCACUUAAUUGUACUUUAAGAUGUACCAGUCUUCACUCUUAAUUGUACCAGUCCACACACUAAACUGUACAAGUAGUUUUUGGCAAUCUCUCUUAAGAUACCAAUGUAAUUUUUAAAUAGAACCUGCCAUUCAACCGAGACUUGUAAAGCAAGAAUGAAAGGUACCAGUCUCUAGACUUACUUUCCUGACAACCAAAGAGACUGUUUAUUCUUUUCUUCAGCUCUGGACCUCUUAAAAAUCAAAACGAUGCAUUGAAAUGCCACUGCUGUUACCAGUAGUCCUGUAAAAAACAGCUUUGAAGCUUUUAUUGUUUGUAAUAAUGUUUGUCUCUUAACAUAGAAGUGAUAGAUUUAGCAUUUUGUGAAAAUUAAUUCAAUGUCUGUUUGCUAUAUUUUGUCUUGUGCCAUUCUACUAUAAUAAGGUUAGUUUCUUCAUUUAUCCCGCCUUUGUGUGAACAGUUUAAUGAACAGUUGUAUGAUAAGACCAGGUAUAAUGGAUCAAUCACAUUUAUUAGUUUGACUAUGUUUCUAAGAAAAAUAGUAUUUCAGGAGCUAUGCCAUUAUUAUUCUCAGCGACUUGCAUAAGAACUUGAAUCUUGGCCACAACACACAUAAAAACGUUCAAGAUAUGAAGAUAAAAUUGAUUAUGGUACACAUGUUGCCAAAGACUAUACACAUUUGUUCUGCAAGGCCCAUAACUCUAGCUUUAAUAAUCAUUGAGUUAUGCCCCCUUUAGUGGACAGUCAUGGGCGUUUGCUCCGCGACGCUCUUGUUUCUUUUGCGGAACAUACUAGUACUAAUGAUAUUAUGCUUUUAAUAUGUUUGUUAAAUAUGUCACUCAUUUUUAGAUACAACAAAUAAUUAUUGUUAUUGGUACUGUUAAAAAAAAUAGAAAUAUGUUAGCUUCAUUCUGCUAACAUACACUGACUGUGAGUUAUAGACAUGUGUUCUGACUUAUGUACAUAUUUAUAUUGAAAGUGAUGUUUUAAGGACUGAUCAUUUCAAGCCAUAUUAAAAUAGUGAUCCUGUUGUUUCAUUUAAUUAAAGUCAAGAAUUGUUUCAUUACAUUAAGGUCAAUUUGUUUCAUUACAUUUAAGUCAAGAACUGUUUCAUUACAUUAAGGUCAUGUUGUUUCCUUACAUUAAGGUCAAGCUGUUUCAUUACAUUAAGGUCAAGUUGUUUCAUUACAUUAAGGUCAAGUUGUUUCAUUACAUUUAAGUCAAUAAUUUUCUAUCCUUUUUGCAUAUUUAUUUAUUUAUUUUGAAAAAAAAUCUCAGAAUACUGCAUACCACAUGAAGUAUAGUUCAUUCUCUUUGCUGAAACAUGUAAAAUUACAUACAAAAUAUACAUACCCAUUCAUUAUUUUGUCAUCAUUUCAUGACUUUAUAUUGCACAAUUAACAUUUUGUAAGUUGAUCAUGUUCUGCUUUAAGGGAAGUCACAAAGUUUAGAAUUGUUAUCAAAGAAUUACCAUUGUCCUCUUUUAUUUUUAAGUGAAAGAAUCCAGGUAUUGUUAAAGCCUUUGUGUCAUCCUUAACUACAACAUAAACAUAAACCUUGAUCAUUACUCAAAACACGUUCAAGAUAUUCACAAAAAAUAGUUACAUAUAAACUGCUGCUUUUACUAUUGUUCUGUUAUGAUUUUUGAUAAGAUGAUUUAAAACAGACAGGCCUUUUGAGUGCCAGAGAGAAAAACAGACCAGUCUUGAGUGGCUGAGAGAAAACAGACUAAGAUUUUGAUUGGCUAUGAGUGGUGAUAGUAGUUUAUACUCCGGGUCCCGGCGUGAGCACAUUGAAGGGUCCCAGAGUGACAGUUCAACCACCGCACACCUAUCCUGGGCUGAACCAGUACUAGGUGCGUUCACCUCUGCAAGGAACUGACAACUUCUGUACGUGCCAGGGGCAGUGGUACAGUGCGAAUGGUCGUAGAAAGGAUUUCAUAACCAAUCACAACAGAAGUGACCUGGUCCGCCCGGGAAUCGAACCCGGGUUGUCCGAUUCAGAGUCCAACGCUCUACCGAUUGAGCUAACCGGGCGAAUUGAUUGGCUAUGAGAAAACAGACCGGCCUUUUAUGGCUGAGAGAAAACAGACCAGCUUUUUGAUUGGCUGAGAGAAAACAGACCAGCCUUUUGAUUGGCUAUGAGAAAGCAUUGGCCUCAGCUGGCCACACUGUUGUUGUAAAUUGAUGUUACAUAUAAAAGUAAGUUAUGAAUUUAUAAUUUUAUGUGUUAAAUCAGUGGCUUUUAAAGUAAAUAGUUAUUGUUUGCAUUGACAGCAAACAUCUGCAGUACCCUUUUAGAUAGUAUUGUCUCUGAUGCAUUAGUUUUCUUUGUAACAUUGCAGCUUUCUUAAACAAAUUUAUGCAUCUGAUUUAUUUAGUUUGUUAGAUAUAAACAAUUUGAAUGUAUAAAGUUUAUUUAAAUGUUAUGUGACUGUUUAGAAAGCUUUGUAAAAUGGAGCGUGCUUCUAUUGGUUAAGUUAGAAAGCUUUAAAAAAGAUCAUUGUGUUAAAUAUUGUUGUCAUGAUGGGUUCUUUAGAUAUUAUCAUUACUUAUUUAUUACAUUUUCACUUUUUGUGUCAAUUGCAAAGCAUGGCAGACACAUUCGGGAAUGCUUUGUCUGGUCUUUGCGGCGUCAGCAUCAUACUUGUGUUUAAGAGCGUAAACCUCUGACUUGAUGUAAAGACAAUGAACUUCGCAUGCACAUUGGUCAUGGUCAUCAGAUGACCCUAUAGGUCAGUAGGUCAAGGUCAACAGAUGACCUUAAAGGUCAGUAGGUCAAUGUCAAUAGAUGACCUUAUAGGUCAGUAGUUCAAGGUCAACAGAUGAAUCUAUAGGUCAGUAGGUCAAAAGUGAAGGUGAUGGUGCCCUUUGCGUUCCCGACAGCUGACAAUCUGAUUUGCAAAAUUCUAAGUCCUGUGUGUUGAUCAGUAUGUUUGCAGUUCGAAAGUAUGCACAAACAAGUGAAUGAAAACCAGAGUUGCAGUCUUUAAUGAUAAGUUUAAGUACUUGUCAUCUUAUCGUGGACAUUUUUGUUUUUAAAUGCUUGAAAAAGAAUGAUAUCGUAGUUGCACAUUCAAAACACGAAAAUUAAGAAUCAGUGAUCUCUAUUCAAAUAGCUAGUUAAAAGAUAUGUUACGAGAUCAUUGAAUAUGUUUGUAAACUUUAUUUUAUUGACAUUGCAAUAUUUCACUGGCCAUGUAUUACAUGAACCAUGUGUUGUGAUGAACAUUGUAUGAUUAUAUUAACACCAUACUAUCAUUUUGGUUUUACAUAAACAUGAACGACUGAUGCAGUAAUGUCUAUAUGUGAGUGUACGUUGUUGGCAGCUUUCCUAAAUGCUUGAACUUCUGGUUAUUGUUUUAUUUUUGUAUGGAUAUUUUAUAUAUUUGUGUUUCCCAUUUUGUAAAUAGCUCUCUGUACACACAAGGCAGAAAAUAAAAAUCGAGAGA